ACAGCGUCCGUGUCUGUUUACGGGGGGGGGCGGUGUUCCAUCUGGGGUUACCAUAGUUACCGAAGGUUUUUGUUCUCACACCAUGUACUAUGAAAGACUGGUCUGUAUGUGUCUGGAGAGACGCAAUAAUAAUGAAUGUGAUGGUUGGUCCAUUGUGUCAGUAUUCGCCCCUCCACCAACAUCUCAUCCACUCCUUUUCACCCUCGGGGGACGCCAUCUGCCGCGCAAUUUCGUCUCAGCAUCGCGUCACUCCUGCCACCUAGCGGAACGUCGUUGAAGCUUUCCUCAAAACAUCCAUACUUUUACAGCUUUGUUACAGCGGACACAGGUGGCAACUUUUGUUCUCUUUCUGUUUCAAAAGUAACCCUACUUCUUCUAGUGGCACUUGACAGGAAAUAUUUGGUAAAUUAUUUUGUACGAGUGCACGUAGAAAGGACCCGAAUUUUGAAGACUUCAAAACAGUUGACAUGAGAAGAAGAUGCGGUGACGAAGAGGUUGAUCCUAGCAUUAUUUGUGGAGCCACCUCACGAGCACCAGGAGAACUUUCGCGGUUGUGGCGUCUGGAGGCUCAUCAUCAGGAGGCUUUGACCGGUGGCACGGCGGCGUGGGCUUGGGAGGCCGCGGCAGAAAACACUGAUACGAGCGUUGCCAUGGAUACGAAUAGCAGCUUCCCCUUCUCUGGUUCGUCCAGCCAGUCCCAACAGCCACAAGAUCUGGUCCAGCAACAACUACAACAGGUUCCGGGGCGCAGGACUCCUCUCGGAGCUGUGGGACUAGGGGGGUUUUAUUUCUCUUCGUCUCCGUCAUGCCCCCCGCCCCCCAACAAUGGAACAUGCCCCCUCCAGGCUGACGAGAACAGGCCCGAGUCAGCCGGGUCACACCAUCAAAAUCAGCACAUGGGACAGAGAUUAAAUCAACAUCAACAACGAUCUUCCAGCAUGGGGAGCAGUGGCGGUGGUAGCGGAGGUGUUGGCAAAUCGAAAUCCCGUCAGGGUAAAAUGGUGCGACUCAACAUCAACGCAAGAGAACGAAGAAGAAUGCACGAUUUAAACGACGCAUUGGACGAAUUACGUAGCGUAAUCCCUUACGCACAUUCGCCGUCAGUGCGGAAACUGUCCAAGAUAGCGACUCUUCUCCUUGCUAAAAACUUCAUUCUUAUGCAAGCGAAUGCACUGGAGGAGCUGCGACGGCUCAUCGCGUACCUACAGCAAACGGUGGCAGCGGCGGGAUUGGCUCCAGCAGGUGGAUACGCUGAACUGGCGGGAUUCCCCGCAACUCCAACCGCCACCAAACUACAGCAACAGGCUCAGGUGGCAGCUACGGCAACAUCAGCCCCAAGGGGCUCCAACGGUUCUGUAGUGGCCCCUGGAUCGGCCACGGCUUCUUGAAUGUUAAAGAAAAAACUGCAAUCAUAAGAUUAGUAAAAUCAUUUGGACCAGCCGGGUAAUAAAUAAUAGGGAGUAAAUAAAUAAAUCUUCGGUAACAUAAAUUAACAUGCAGGUUUAUAAGACUCUGUGUAACUUCAGACUUUAAUCUAAAGAAUUUUAGUUUUACAGACGAUACAUGACACACAUAAAUCGGCCUUAUAAUAUCACUGACAUAAGAUAGUGUAAUCAUAAAUGUCUGUAGCAAUACAAUUGUAGUUGUCAUUAGGAUAUAAAAUCAAAAGAAGGCUGACAAAAAUGAAAUCACGGGAAAGACUACUGAAACGCAAUACAACUAUAACAGACUCAUACAAAUGUCACUGAUAAAUUAAGAUUUAAACAUACAUUAUAAUUUUAUAAAUAGAAUAAUUCUUUCGCCUCAACUUCGUUCUGAAUUGCUGGAGGCUGGUAACUUCGUAAAAUACUUUAUAAUUUUCUCAUUUAAUUAAAAUUAAAUAACAAAGUCUGUAAAAGUUGUAUGAAUCAGGAAGGAAUAUACAAAAUUUAUGUGAAGUAGAGUCACAGUAGAUUAAUUAUGUUCAGAAAGAGAGUUAUAAUAGUUCUUACUGCGAAU